AUGGUGGAUUUCCUGCCCUCCCGCAAUGCAAGAUUUACUAUUCCCAAUUGUCUCCUCUCGCAUAGCGAAGUCGAUCAAAUCAGAAAGUCUAAGGAGAUCGAUGAAAGCCUUUCUCGCGAGAAGACCUUUGCGGAGAAAAAGGUGAUAUUGUUGUUAGGAGCUGGCGAAAGUGGCAAGUCAACUUUCCUCAAACAAAUGCGCAUAAUUCAUGGACAGGACUUCGAUCAGCGGGCCAAAGAAGAGUUCCGGGAUACGAUCUACAGCAAUGUUAUCAAAGGUAUCCGGGUACUUGUGGAUGCCCGUGAGAAACUUCAUAUUCCUUGGGGAGACCCCGAUAACCUGGUCCAUGGGGAGACGGUUAUGGCUUUUGACACCAGCUCAUCUAUGAUGGCCAAAGGGAUGGUGGAGACCAAAGUCUUUAUGAACUUCUUGCCCUCCAUCCGUGCCCUGUGGCAAGACAGCGGUAUUCAGAAUGCUUAUGACAGACGGCGAGAGUUUCAGCUGGGUGAACCUGUGAAAUACUUUCUGGACAAUGUGGAUAAACUUGGAGAACUGGAUUACUUGCCCACCCAAAAAGAUAUACUUCUGGCACGGAAGCCCACCAAGGGUAUCUAUGAGUAUGACUUUGAGACCGAGAAUGUUCCUUUCAAGAUGGUAGAUUUGGGAGGGCAGCGGUCGGAGCGUAAGCGAUGGUUUGAGUGCUUUUACGGCAUAACCUCCAUCCUCUUCCUAGUCUCAUCCAGCGAGUACGAUCAGGUGCUUAUGGAGGAUCGGCAGACCAACAGGCUUUCUGAGUCGCUCAACAUCUUCGAGACGAUCGUCAACCAUCGUGUCUUCGCCGACGUCUCCAUCAUCCUUUUUCUCAAUAAGACAGACUUGCUGGAAGAGAAAGUUGAGAAAGUAAGCAUCAAGGACUAUUUCCCGGAGUUCACCGGGGAUCCCCACAAACUCCUGGAUGUGCAGACGUUCCUGGUGGAGUGCUUUCGUAACAAGUGCCAGGCGCACUGGCGGGAACUUCCUUACCAUCACUUCACCACUGCCAUUAACACAGAGAACAUUCGCCUUGUCUUCCGUGAUGUCAAAGACACCAUCUUAUAUGACAAUCUUAAUUCAUAUCACCACUGUAUUGGAUACUAGCACUAAAUUUCUUAAAGCCACUCUUGAAUUAGAUUUUAGAUUAUGUUUCAAAAUGAUGUACUUACCCAGAGCGUCUAUUCUAAAUCGAUUAGCAAGCCAAGCAACAAUGUCUUCUCCUGAAGGAUCAAGAUAUACAAUAAACAUUUUAGUGACAGUACAUGCAUAACACUUAAGCGCAAUAAAAACCCUUAUCAGUGGGUGGGAAGGCUGGCCUUUAUAUUGAAUGUGCCCACCUACAGACACCACACAGAGAAAUAUGGGAAGAGAAGUCACCUGACUGGCGAUCAAUAAUAUCAUACUAAUAUCAGGAAAUAUGAAACAUAAUAAGAAACUAUUUUAAAGACAGAGGAUUAAAAAAAAUUAAAAAAAACAGUGGAUUAAAAGGGAUAACGGAGGAAAAUAUUAAGCAUAGAGAAGCAAAACAGCUGAUGUAUUAAUCAAGCAAAUAUUCCACUAUCCACUGUGUAAAACCUUCAUGUUUACAUAUUUGUUUAAUAGAUGCUAUCUGUCUGUCUAUCUAUCACUAGAUAUAAUCAUAAGCGCAUUCUCAAAAUAGGUUUCACACAAUUUCUUGGUACACCACUGUGGGUCCUGCUGAGGUUCUUUUAGGAGACUAAUGAGAAGAACACAGCAGGGAUGAAUGUGGGGGGCUUCAUUAGUGAGAAUGGUCGGCGGGCCAGCUAACCUGAGGAGCAUAUCAUAUAUACAUUCAAUGAAUUUUUUAAGAAAUCUUUUCAUUAUAUCAAUGAUAUAGAAGGCUUUGCACCAAUAAAGUUAAAGCGCUGUAUUUAAUUAA